AUGCGCAACCUCACACAGGAACCACCAAAUGCAGGGCAAGAAACCUUCGUCUACACUUGUGGCGCGCAAGGAGGUGUCUCAUCAUUCUCUGGAAUUGUGACGACAGUAGUGUUCGCAGCCAUGUCUAUGACUAGCUUGAGCACAAAGUCUCGUCGACCUGAGGAUAUUAUCAUAGAAGGAUGGCUUCAUAAGAAAGGAGAACACAUAAGAAACUGGAGACCCAGGUAUUUUAUUCUGUUUCACGAUGGCGCCCUCUUAGGAUUCAAAACGAAGCCGAAAUUAGGUCAACCUUUCCCAGAGCCGCUAAACGAUUUUAUGGUGAAGGAUGCCCAGGCAAUACGAUAUGAAAAACCGCGCCCGAAUAUGUUCAUGAUUCGUUGCCUCCAGUGGACAACAGUUAUUGAGCGGACCUUCUAUGCUGAAACAGCUGAGUCUCGGGAAAGAUGGAUAGCUGCCAUCGAAUUGAUUGCGAACCGCUACAGACAACACAUGAACGAGGAGCCGCAAUCUCUUCCUGAAGAAAUGAUGGAGGUUGUUAGCCAGGUGUCGGUGGAUGAUUUAUCUGGGCAGUACGCAGCAGCUGCUCAUGCGAUUAUGGGACAACCUUCUAUUCCUGCAAAUUCUUCCAAUGCUGUCGUUAGACCGGAGAUGAUGAGUAUAGCUGAUACAAGCGAUGCCGCAAAAAGAGACAAAAUCACCAUGGAUGACUUUGAUUUUCUCAAAGUGCUUGGUAAAGGCACAUUCGGAAAAGUAAUCCUUUGCAAAGAGAAACGUACUUCCAAAUUGUAUGCCAUAAAGAUUCUUAAGAAGGAGGUUAUCAUAGCUAGAGAAGAAGUUGCUCACACUUUGACGGAAAAUCGUGUUCUUCAGCGAUGUAAGCAUCCAUUCCUUACGCAACUGACGUAUAGUUUCCAAACAACACAUCACCUGUGUUUCGUAAUGGAAUUUGCCAAUGGUGGCGAGCUGUUCACACAUCUGCAGAAAAGUGGGACAUUCAGCGAGUCGCGAUCUCGCUUCUACGGAGCUGAAAUAGUGCUAGCACUUGGAUACCUCCAUAGUCUGUCUAUCGUUUAUCGAGAUAUGAAGGAACUGAAGUACUCGUUCCAAACGGCUGAUCGUCUCUGCUUUGUGAUGGAAUUCGCAAUUGGUGGCGAUUUAUACUACCAUCUGAACCGUGAAGUGCAGAUCUCGAAGGAGGGCUUCUCAGAGCCCAGAGCUCGAUUUUAUGGAGCUGAGAUUGUCCUCGCACUUGGCUACCUUCAUGCCAACAACAUCGUCUAUCGUGAUCUCAAGUUGGAAAAUCUUCUCCUCGACAAAGACGGGCAUAUAAAAAUAGCUGAUUUUGGUUUAUGUAAAGAAGAAAUCAGCUUCGGUGACAAAACUAGCACAUUUUGCGGUACGCCAGAAUACCUGGCUCCUGAGGUGUUGGAAGACAAUGACUACGGGCGCAGCGUAGACUGGUGGGGCGUCGGAGUUGUUAUGUAUGAGAUGAUGUGCGGGCGACUUCCUUUCUAUUCAAGAGACCAUCAGAAAUUAUUCGAAUUAAUUAUGGCCUCUGAGUUACGCUUCCCUAGCAAGUUAAGUGCGGAAGCUAAGCAGUUGCUCACCGGUCUUUUAUUCAAGGAUCCCUCUCAACGAUUGGGUGGUGGUCCCGACGAUGCUCUCGAGGUUUGCCAACAACCAUUUUUCAAACCAAUCGAUUGGGAGAAAUUAUACAGAAAAGAAAUUGAGCCGCCCUACAAGCCCUCUGUUCAAAGUGAAACUGACACUAGCUACUUCGACAAGGAAUUUACCUCUGCACCAGUCCAACUCACACCACCUCCUCAGAGAUCAGGUCCUCUCGCUACUGUUGAUGAAUUAGACGAAAUGCAAUCCAAUUUUACUCAAUUUUCAUUCCACAACACACUCGACAGCAGUUUGCGGGAGGCCAGCGAAAUGAUGGAGUGA